GCAAACUGUUUCAACUGGUGGAGGAAAAUCCUAGAUGACCGGUGCCACGCCUACGAAUUACAAAGAGAAGCUUCGACGGCCUGAGCCAAGGUUACAACUAACCAGUUCACUCAAGACGCAGGUUUCACCCCUCCCAGCUUCCCACUCCCAGACCAUUCCCACAGUUACGUCUUCAACACCGUCAACAGCAUCAACAACAUCAAGAACAGCAUCAACAGCAUCAACCGCGGCUUCGUCAUCGACAACACACACAUCAUCCUCUACAACAUCAUCAACGCCUUCAUCAACACCUGCAUCCCCAUCCUUUACAAUGGCGACUCCCCACAUCAAACUGAGGCCCUUCAACGGACAGGAGGAAGCUACAUCCUGGUGGCAAGAUUUCACAAAUUUUGUCAAGCUGUUUGGUUACAAUGAGGAACGACAGUGCCUGCUGUUCCCAUUCUAUUUAGAGGGGACAGCCAAGGUAUGGCACCAAGAUCUUCCCAACGAUACCAAACAAAGUAUGACCCAUCUGGAGGAAGCCUUCACGUCAAGGUUUCACAGACCAAGAACCUUUGACUUCAGGCUGCUGCUACAGAAGCCACCAGACCGUCUUCAGAACAACAACAGCAACAGCAGCAGCAACAGUUCCAGCCACAUCGUCCCCAACGCUACCAACCCAGACGGCAGCAGCAUCAUGGCGCCCAGAUCCAGAGACAACCACCACCUCCUCAACAGUACCCGCUCCCUCAAGGUCGACCACAUCCAAGGAAUCAGGGCCCUCAAAGACAAACCAGCAGUCAUCAGUGGCGCCCACAGUACCCAGUACCCCCGUUCCUGCAGCAAAGAUGUAUCGGAUGUGACCUGUCUCCUGUCCAAAAACAAGAACUUCUUUCUUUCCUCAACUCUCAACACUCUGCUUUUGCACACAAUUGGUCUGAACUUGGUCAAACACAUCUUCACAAACAUAGGAUAG